AUGGGAGGCUCGAAACGAGGAGCACGCGCGUUCCGAGUGGUGAAGGUACCACAACACAGCCGUCCAAUCUCACAGGCGAGCUCGCUGAUCACAUGGCAAUCUCACAUUGUGCCCGCAACGCAACUUCUCCAGUGGAAGCCCGGCGACUCGUGCAAAGACUUCAUGCAAAAGGAUAAGAACUUUCUCCGUAUGGUCAAUCUCAGACUUGUUCUUCUCGCCCCAACUCAGCGCAAAACAAUACUGGAUCGAUUUUGUGAAGAUGCCGGCUUGAAUUGUCGCCGGCCCCCAAUAUACAAUCAAUGGAUGGAAAAAUUCACGCAUUGGUGGGACAAUUGUCUUAUUAACAACUCGUUCGACUUCGAUGGGCUAUACCAUGCAAACAUCACUGUCCGCCAGCUGGAAUGUGCUAAUUUCACGAUUGCUGGAGCAAUUUGCAACCCGAAUCACAAUCGAGUGCCGAGUCUAUUUCCGGAUCUUGACAAUUACGUUCGUCAUUUCCUCAGCGACCCGGUCUAUACAAACUUUAUAGUCUCUCUCGAACUCGAACCCACUCCGUUAGCGACUCCAACAGAGACCGUCAACUAUCCCAACCCAGAUACCACUACCGCCCAUCCACAAGUCUAUGGUACAGAGAAUCUCCUUCAAAUAGCCGGCGCAGAAAAUACGGUCGAUGUUGAAGAAAACGCAGACAUUCCCGCCGAGCCUAUGUCAGCGCCGAGCUGCGCCGAAGCCACCUACACCGACCUGGGAGAUAUCCUGAACUAUACAGAUUCCCUCGAAUCCAAUGACUCCGCAGUGGAAGAUGGCCUUGAUGAUACAGACGAAGGUGAAACCGGUGCUGGUGCACUGGAAUGGGGAGACCUUAUUCAUUUACCCAAGGUGUUUCCAAGUGCCAAUCCAAAAUCCAACAUCUAUCGUUUAUGCCUCUUAGAGGUUGAGACAUUGGAGAUGGCCAAAGAAGUCGGAAACGAUCAACGAAAACAACAUUGUAUAGAAGAUGAUCAAAUUACUAUACUGGUAUUUGAAUGGUCCCGGCGGCACAGGAGCCUUAAGGACAAAGUGAUUGACUUUUUGCUCUGCUGA